AUGAGCGGGCGCUGCCGGGCGGGCGCGGCUUCGCUGCUGCGGGGGCUGAUCGGCCCCGCUGCCCUCGGCCUGGGCGGGAGCAUGAGCCUUUGCGGGACGCCGGCCGCCUGCGCCGCGGGCCCCGCGAGUGGCGGCGGCGGCGGCUUCUCCUCGGCGCGGCUGAGCCCGCCGUGGCUGCGGCUGCCGGAGGUGACGGGCGCGGAGCCGCAGCGGGCCAACGAGCUGCUGCUGCUGCUGCCCCCGGCCCCGCGCGGCCCGACGCCGCCUCAGCAUCACGUCGUGUACUUCCCGGGGGACGUGCAGAACUAUUAUGACAUCAUGUCUUGCCACCCAGAAAACUUUCAGUGGGAGCACUGGAGUUUCGAAAAUGUUGCUACCAUACUUGCUCACCGAUUCCCUGAUAGUUUUAUUUGGGUCGUAAAGUGUUCUCGAAUGCACUUGCACAAAUUCAGUUGUUAUGACAACUUUGUGGCUAGCAACAUGUUUGGAGCACCAGAGCACAGCACCGACUUUGGAGCUUUCAAGCAUCUCCACGCGUUGCUAGUUAAUGCAUUCAGACUCUCUCAGAAUAUUCUGCAGUCCCAGACAACCGCGCACGGUUUCAGCAAGGAUGCAAAAGUAUCUGCUCGUAAAUCAGAGCCGCAGUCUGUUCCUACAGCAAAUGGCUGCUCAUCCACAGAAAGAGAGAAAGAUUGUGAAUGCUCUAAUAAUUCCACCAUGAACUUCAUUAUACCAUCUGCUGUAGGUGCAGUGUCGUUUACUUUGAUCGGCUUCAGUAAAGGUUGUGUGGUUUUGAACCAGCUGCUUUACGAGCUGAAAGAAGCUAAGAAAGACAAGAAUACCGAUGCCUUCCUAAAAAACAUAAAAGCCAUUUACUGGUUGGAUGGUGGUCACUCGGGAGGAAGCAACACUUGGGUUACUUAUCCUGAAGUGCUGAAAGAGCUUGCACAGACAGGAAUUGAAGUUCAUUCUCACGUUACACCAUAUCAAGUGUUUGACACAAUGAGAUCAUGGAUUGGGAGAGAGCAUGAGAAAUUUGUACAGAUACUUGAAGAAUUUGGUGUGGAAAUAAAUGAUCAACUACAUUUUGCUGACGAAGUUCCCUCCUUAGAUAACCAUUUCAGAGUUCAUGAAGUAUUUUGAGACUGUCUCAAUAGUAUAUUCAUUGCAAAAGCACUUUUGAUGUGGUAAAUCCUGUUAUCUAGGUUUAAAGCUUUGAGCAGAUGCUUUCUGAAGAGAAUACUAAAUCAGGCCUGAGUUACUAAUAGCUGCCAUAUACCAUUUCAAGUAGCUUCAAAAGGAGGACAUCUGCAAGACGUCAUCAUUUGAUACCUGGAAAGAAAAAAUGCUAUGAAGAGUUAGUCUAUAAAUGUUUUCUGUUGUGUGAGCAUUUAUUGUUAAAUUAUUGACAGAAUUUUUAGUCCUGAAUGUCUACAGUCAUAUGCUGCCUUCAACGGGAAUUUUAAGUACUUGAGACUUUCACGUGUCUGGAUGGGUCAACUUAGUAGCUUCCAGGGCUAAAAACUUUGGUCUCUGUCCAUUAUUUUCUUUAUUUUUUUGGUGUAAGAUAAUGAUUGUUAGAGCAAUCUCGGCUCUCUGUUUUGUUGGAAAUUGUUUUCUUUAGUUAUCUAAAUCUUCCAGUUUUAUAGCGUUUCUCCUAAUUGAAAAGAAAUCACGAGUAUUUACCUUUGGAACAAUAGUGCCAAUCUGUUUUUCUUCUUUGUGAGCGCCUUGCCUUUUCUGUGGCUACAAAGUUUCCUUAACUCAUUGCACAGCAUCUGCUUGUGAAUAGCCUUUUCGCCUGGGAGCUUGAAGAUUUAGACUUAGCUGUGUUGAGUGACCAAGAAUGUUUGUAAGGGUGUAGUUUAUUGCUGUUUAAACGUACCUUCCUAUUGUUUUGAUUGACUUCUGUAAGGACCAGCAGUCAUAUCUGCAUUUUCAGCUCAAGGGGUAUCCUUAGCCCUUCUGAUCUGGGACUGGUGGAAGUUUUUGUUACAAACUGCAGCAUUAGCGUUCAUCUAAAUCAAGCCGUAAGUACGUAAUGUAUGAGAAGUUGCAUUAAAAAUUUUAGGCUGUUGCCUGUAGCUAUUUUGUAGUUCUUCUGUUUGUAGAACUGUUCUCUCCUUUCCACAUAUUGCAGCAGCUGCUUGUAGAGCCACCCAAAAAUCUAUAUUCAAAGCUCAAUGUUCUACACAUCUAGAAAUUAAAAAUGAAAAACAAACAAACCCAACACCCAAUUCUAACUAAAAACAAAGCCGGACAAAUCUUGCUCUUGCCUUGAGCCUGAGUAUUUUUCAACAUGAAAGAUGGAAGUAAUGCAGGAUUUUUUUCAGUUGUAAACAACUUUUUCUAUUUAUCUACAAAUAAAUGUUUGUGAAUCCUUAAAGACAAUUGCAGCUUUUACUGAUGAACCUUGACAUAAAAUGGCUUUGGAUUUCUUGAAGGGUAGAAAUAUAAAAGCAAGUUAGUGAAAAUUGUAGAGACAAAUUCAGUUCUGAAAAAUAUUUUUUUAUUCAACAUUGCUCCCAUAUCCUUCCCCCUUAUUUCUUGCUUCUUGUUAUUCUUAAGCUGUGGAAGGAAAGACCUGGGUCGUCUUUCCUCUACUGGGAUAUUUUGAAUAUGCAGGUUUCACUGGAGAUGUAUUCUGACAUCUCUUGCAAUGUUGAUGCACAUAUUAAUGACCACUGAAGAAUGAGAAAACUUUGUUGAAUUCAGAAAACUUUUUUAAAAACUCAAAAUAUCAAGAGCAAGAAAGAAUUGUGCAUACUUUACACUCAUGGAAGGGAGCUGUCAGUAAUUAUGAGGCCAUGUGUACCACUUUGAUCAAAACUAGAAAUAAGCUAUUUUAAUUGCUGAAGAAAAGAGCAACAUGUAAACCAACUAACGUAAAGGAAUCUGACAUCUAGUUGUAUCUAUGUUUGGUUUUCUUGGAGAUUUUGUUCAACUCUAUUACCAUUUUAGUGAGAUUCUAAAUACUUACCUGUUGUAAAGAAGAACUAUUUUGGUCCUUUCGAUGACCCUUGCAUCAUAUGUUAGGACUCUUUUCUCUAAAGGAAAUGUGGACCACCUUAAAAAUGGUUUUAGUGGUCUCCACAUGCCUGCAGAUUGCUUGAAAUAUCUUUUAAAUUGAAACAAACGAACGUAUCACUGACCUUGUUCCCUGUCAGUUCAGCUUAUCUGCCAAAUUAACCAGACUAGUUUAGAUAUGCUGAGACUUGCCCUACCCAGUAGCAGUGCAGAUCACAGACCCAUUUGUAGACAAUUCGGUGCCAGCCAAAACAGCGGGAGAGGGUUGGUACAAGCUUUUGAAAACAGCUAUUAAAAUAUUGGCAUCAUCUUCAGAAGUUCCUGAGCGGUUGUCCUUUUGGUGGAGGUGGCUUACAAUAAUUUGGUAAGCAAAAUCAGCUCAAGCAUUGCUGUGUUAGUUUGAAGAAUAAGCACUUUGUUGUAAAGCUAAUCUUACUGUGAGACUUCAUGUUGUGGAGGGAAAACUGCCUGCUUUCUUCAUUCUCUAAUAGUUGUAAUGCUCUGUUGGAUGUGCCUCAUUUAUUACAAAGCAUGCUAAAAAUGAUAUGCAAAGAAUGUAGAAAAUAAACUAUUUAUAAUGGGUGAAAACACUUCAAUGUGAGUGUAAAAUGAUUAAAGCUGUUGAGUUCUGUGCAUUAUGCUUUGCCAGGUGUUUGUGGUGACCUAGUUUAAAAAAUGAUUUGUUUCAAAGCACCUUUUUUUUUUUUCUUUUCAAAGCAGGCUUUGCAUUAGCAUAGUUGGCAUCCAUAAUUCUAAAAGAGCUUCCUGGAAACUUGCAUAUGUAGGAAAGCUGUUGUGAAGUACCCAAGGGCUGAACAUUUGUAUGUUAGGAUGAAAUGGGUCAUAGUUUGCGUGUGCUUGUUUCUCAAGGUUAACUGUAAAGGCAGUUUUUUAAUAUGCUUGGAUGUAAAUGCCUAAAGUUGAGUGGUUUUCAUGCUUGCUUGCACUUAUAUGUCUGAGUGGGGUAAGGAACGUUACAAUGUCCUUAGUCAACCAGGUAUGUAAUAGCUGGUAUUCUUCAUAUUACUUGCUUGUUUUUGGACAGUAGGAAAGAUGUUCUUCAGAUUUUGAGGAAUGCUAAUACGUUUUAAGUCACAGCUGUUAAAAAUCCCUUUAAGACAGUGCUCAGUUCUGUGAAAUUGUCCAGAUUACACGUAACAUAAAUGAUUCUACUUUGAGUGCGUCUUACAUACUAGAAACUUAGCUAACUUUUUUCCUACCAAAGGCUAAGGGGUGAUGUAGUCGCAUUUCUAUAGAUGCUUCUGUAAUGAAUUGGACCCCAAAGUCUGAAAGGUGAUUGAGGGUCCAAGACUUAAAAUGUUACUGAAAUCUUUUGUUCUCCCGGUGUUAACAUCUUUCUGCCUCCUAGUGUAAGUUAGCACUAGCACUUUAUAGUAAGCUGUUCUAGCUUAAUAAAUUCACAUUAAUUGCUGAUACAGAGAUAACUAAUAGGAGUGACAUGUAUUUGUUUCCUCCAGCCUCCCCACCUGGUCUCUUCCAAAUAAUUCAUUCAAUUAUAAGAAUACUUCAGACAUGUAUAAUAUUCUCUGUCCGGGUAACUUAAGCUGUUUUGUAAAAGUGAUUCUGCAAUAACACUGAUUAAAAAAAAUAUUGGAAAGAUGGACGACAGAUGUUCUGUGAAAAAUUAUGGAUGACUCAACUGGUUUUGUAUUGUUUUUACUGAGUUUCCAUACAGGACUGACAUAACUGUAUAAUAUAUUAAUCAUAACUGUAGCUUGAGGUAUUUGUUGCAUUGUUUCUUGAUAACACUGAAAUAAUCUAUAGUGCCACAUGUGUUUUAAUACAGGAUAUAUGGCAAUGUAAUCGGUAGCAGAUAAGCUACAGUGAGUAGCAGUCAGCAUAGAUGUUGUACUGAGGGACAUGGUUUAGUGAAAAUGUUGGUGACAGGUGGAUGGUUGGUCUGGAUGAUCUUAGAGGUCUUUUCCAACCUCGGUGACUCUAUGCUUUUGUAGUUGCUUUAGCAGAAACCCUGUGUUGAGCAGUGCUUUGGAUUCCUUGUGCCAUAGAAGCCAAGGGCUUCACAGCCCUUCUUGUAGCAACAUAACUGGUAACCUCUGUGCUCUCUUGUGUGCCCUACUUUUAGGUACUGCCUAGCAGAAUCUACAAAUGUAAAUUUUGUGAGGGGUGUCCCUGUACAAAACAAAAAGCAAAGGCUCAUGUCUCACACUGCAGUCUGCAGUCUUUGCAAUCUUUCUUUCAGUGUAAGAUCAUACAACACCUGUGUGGAGGAGACAGAUGCUGCCUUUCCCAGUGCCAGAUAGACACUCCUGACUGAACUCAUUUUAGCAGCAUUAAUAGCAUAUUUCAACUCCUCCCACUGACAAAAAAAAAGAAAAAAGAAGCCCACAAAGAUUUAUACAGUACUGGCUGCUCCACAUCAUUGAGAUUCACCAUGGAAAAACUGAUUAAGGCAGGCAUUUUGCUUAGAGUACUUCAGGUUCUAAAAUAGUGAUGGGUCUGAAGUAGUUUCCUGCCUUUGGGGUUUCAUUACACUUGUUUCUUAAGUGACUCAGGAAGUGCCAGAUUCUUUUUAAGCAAAUGAUCAGAAAAACAUCUGCUAGAAAAAAGGGAAAAAUAUUUUUUUUUCUAAACU